AUGGCCCAAAAAAAUGUUUUAAACGUACCAAACCGGCUAGCUACCGGGGAAAAACGUAAAAAAACUUCACAUUUUGGAAAGCCCGUAAAGAGCAUGCUUAACGCAAUACGCCAAAGCAAUUACCGCAUUUUAAACGUACGUUGUAGUAAAAAAUACUAUUGCUUGCCCGAAAAAAAAAUGGAAAAAUUUCCGAAUGGUAUAACGGACGGGCUUAAGCGUUCGGGUAGCGGUAAAUGCAUAUCGGCGGUAUUUAAACCCAUUAAAAGGGCGAAAAAAAAGCAUUUUAAAAUUAUUUAUUAA